CAUAUCGUGGGACAAUGUCAGGGUGGGCGGCCCUGCUGCCCAAGGGAGGUUUCCUGGGUGUGAGGAGGCAAGGGCUCAUCCGGGGUUCCUCGCUUUGAACGCCGCCGGCCUCCUCCUCCGGCGGAGCAUGUGAGUGGGGCUCAUCAUCAAAAGGAAAGCGGUUGGAGACACCCUCUCAGCGCCCAGGGAAGCGAUCCAGGUCACAUAAAGUCACAUUUUAUCACAGGACGCAAAACGGCAGCUGAUUACCGAGUUUCUUGAUAAGUUCCAUUCUUCAGCUUCUUCUCAAGUAUGCAGUGACCGCUGGUGGCUUUCUGCCUUAGGGACCAGGAGAGAAUGCUCCAAUGGAGAGGCUCCAGAAAUUAAUUUUACUUCCUCUCAUCUUAACUGCCUCACUACCAGGUCUUGGCUUUUGUUACUCUAUUAUAAAUGGCCCUACUAAUGCAACAGUCCUUGCUGGUUCAGAAGCCCGCUUUAAUUGCACUGUGUCAGUAGGAUGGGUAAUUCUCAUUUGGCUGUCCAAUGGAAAUCCUGUCCUCACUGUCAUCAAUUCUCAAGGAGCUGUUGAAACAUCAGACCGCUUCACAUCUCAAAAUUAUACCAGUAGCAAUGGGUUUACCUCAGAGCUGAUCAUCCACAACACACAACUGAGUGACUCUGGAAAAAUUGAAUGCAGCACCCAGCAACCUAGUGAGAGCAGCUUUGCAUUUCUUUCUGUUCAAGUUAAUGGAACUUUAUUCAUCAAAAAUAGCACCUUAACAGUAAAAGAGAACAAAACAGUUGAAAUUGUUUGUGAAGCCUUAGGAUGGGCUCCAGCUCCAGACAUUACCUGGAUGACAAAUGACUCUUUCAUUGAUAAAUUGAGGUAUGUUACCCAGCAAAGUCAAGGAUCUAAUGGCCUCCACAAUGCCCUGAGCGUCCUAACUUUGACUCCAACAGACACUGAGAUUUUGACUUGUUUAGCUGACAUAGAAGCACUCCCUAACCCUCAGAAUGCAACUGUUACUGUUAUUUUUGUCAACUCUACUACAGAAAAUGAUUACAGUGAAGACAGCAGAAGCACUUGGGUUAUUGUACUAGCAGUUGUGCUUUCACUUGUUGGUAUUAUUCUUCUGAUCAUUAUUAUUGCGGUUGUUGUACGCUGCUGCUGCCUAAAGAAGAAAGGAUCUACGUACCAAAAUGAAAUAAGAAAAGUUUCAGCUGAAAAGAAAAAAGAUGGCGAUUUGGAAAACAGGCAAAGGCAUGGUAGUGAAAAUCAGGGAUACAUUCCAGAGGAACUGUGGAACACAGAAGAAAUCCCAAGAAUUUCCUCUCUUCCCCCAAUGUCUUCAAAGUUGACUGUCCCUGCUGCAGAUUUACAUACCAGUUCUGUACCAAAGGUGCGACCUCAAAGACGUACUGAUUAUCUGAUCAGCCCAAAGAAAAUUAGAAACGUGACACUUGUUUAGGAUGUGUUUCUCCAGGAAAUUGCUCUACCAGUUGCACUUUACAUGUUUGGAUGGCUUCCUGCAACAGCGAAAGGUUAACACCAGUUGUCUCAUUUUAAGCUAUAAGUUAUUUUUCUUUUUUCCUCAUGUAAUGAAAUAAAAUUGUAACCUUUAUAAUGUAGCAUAUGAUAUCUCAGCAAAAUAAUGGACAUAAAUGACAGCCUUAACUUCAGAGACAAUGAAUUUGAGGGACUCUACAAGAACAAGAAUCUGUACUUUGGGUCCCAAGGAAAUCAGCAAAAUUCCUAUCAGACAGAAAUGUUAGGUUAUCCACAGCAAGAUCAAGGACUGGAGCUGCAAGAGAUUUAUUAGUUCAGAAGAACUGGUUGAUAAUAAUACUGGUUAAUACAAUAUCUACUGCUUUUUAAAUGUACUUUAUGUACAGCUGAUCGUCUUGAGUUAUAGAUCAACAAUAUUUUUCAUUUUCUGUUCUGUAAUAAAAUCAAGGGAAGUUUUCAUGAGGACCAUUUCAAAAUUUCUCACAAAACUAUCUUUGGAUCAGAAAUGAAUUUGUUUCAUAUUAAUACAUUCUUUUGUUAAAGGUAUUUGUCUUAAAUCCGAUGUUCCAGAUUUAAAUAAAAAACAAUCACCCACGU